AUGUCUUCGAUUAAGAAUUCAACUUUCAUGAACGUCAAUAAACCCAACUCCAAUUACAUCGGAAAUAUAAAUGAAGAAAAUUCUAUUGCGGAAAAAGAUAGUGAACAGAAAGUGAAUAAAAUAAAUUCAGAGCUACAUCACGAUUUAUUUUGGACGUUCAGAAUAUUGAUAAUGUUCUUUAAGCUUAUCGGUCUCGCUACAUUCGCCCACCGAAUCGUCAUAUACAAAAAGAGAACGUCAUGCACAUUUCAAUAUUGCAAAUUAAGAAUCGCUUACAAUGUUGUGCUGGGUAGUUUAAUGAUAGCCUCGACCUAUGUAUCCGUACCGCACAGACUUAGUUUCAGCUAUCAGGACCAUAUAAAUUUGACUGUAUACAUCGAUGUUCUGCAAACUGUACUUGGUGCCCUGGUGAUCUGCAUAAUUUCGAUUAGCUACUGCAUUGGCCAGAAGUCCUUGGUGCGGAUCGCCAAUCGAUUAAUCACAAUCGAGCACGAGAUUGAUCGUCUGUAUAAUCUAUAUCAUCCGCUACAACGACAGCGUAUCUUCUGCAUUAUGAUCACCGUUUGCAUUAUGAAGAUUUGCCUGCUGAUACUUCUCUUGCUCAUGGAGUUCCUGGCCUAUCGUUCGGGCCCAGCCUCAUGGUUGACUGACGUUUUGCCGGCAUUUCAUGUGGGUUGGCUAUUGAUACAGUACUUCCUGUUGGUGACGGUCAUUCAGACAGAUUUCGCUGAUGUGAAUCGAGCGAUACAAAACCUCACCAGAUUCCAUACACCUGAUCUUCGACUGCAGCCUCUCUAUCAAACGCGUCGUAUCGUAGUCAACAAUUCGACCGUUCAUCAACUGUUGCAACUGCGAGAUGUGCAUUGUCAUCUCUGUGAAAUCUCUGAGGAUGUAUCGAGUUUCUAUUCACUACCGAUACUAUUCGGCGUUGUUUUUAACUUUCUGACGCUCAUAUGUAAUGGUUACUAUUUUCUCUUGUAUCUGUUGCUGAGUGAUAUCUCAAAUUCUUAUUAUGGUAUUAUUUGUGUCAUGGUCCGGAUAAUAAUUCUGAUUUAUCCAAUCUUUGUUCUCAGCAAUGGAAUUACCCGGAUUUUAAUCGAGGUAGGAUAA